AUGGUUGAGGCCUUCAUCUUCCAAUCUCGUUUGUUCACACCAACAAUUGUGGAUGACACCAUCCUCCUUGGGUCUGCUACUGUCCAUGAAGCUAGAUCUUUCAAAGGUGCAUUGAAAAUCUAUACUCAAGCUUUUGGUCAGAUUAUCAAUUGGAAUAAGAAAUCUAUCUUCUUCAUCAAUACCCCUCCUCAGAGGAAGAGAAAAAUUGCUCACAUCAUUGGAUGUGUUGUGGAUUCCUUUCCUUCAAUUUAUUUAGGACUUCCGCAGGGAUUAUCCCCUCCUGAUACCUUUUGGAGAUCCAUUGUGGAUAGGUUCAAUAAGAAACUGGCAAGAUGGAAAGUUCCCUUGCUUAGUCAAGCUCGGAAAUUGCAGUUGCUAAAAUCCUCGCUUCAAAAUCUUCCUGUUUACGCUUUGAGUCUUUUUAUGAUUCCCUCCAAAUUUGUUGAAGCAAUUGAGAAGAUACAUAAAAUAUUUUUGUGCUCUGGAGUUGAAGAUAGGAGAAGGAUUCCUUUGGUUGCCUGGGAGAAGGUUUGCUUACCCAAAGCUUUGGGGGGUCUAGGCUUAACGGAUAUUAAAGACUUUAACAAUGCCUUGUUAGCUAAACGGGUCUGGAGGACUUAUGGUGAAAGGAACAAAUGGAAUUCAGUGUGGUUCAGCAAAUACCUUAAUGGUGUCCCUAAUAUGGUGUCCUUCUUUCAUUCCUAUGACAUUCCACAUGGUUUCUUCAUCUGUAAUAGCAUUCUCAAGGCUAAGAAGGUGGUUGAAGCUGGAGCUGGUUGGGCAAUGAUCUAG